AUGAAUAACAUGCAAUUUACGGACAAGACUCAAGAGUCGCUAGCCGCAGCGAUUCAACUCGCGAAGGACUAUGCGAACGCGCAAGUGCAUCCCGCGCACAUAGCCUUCGCACUUCUCAAUGAGGGCCAGAGCGAAGGAGGAGGUCCAUCCACCUCUUCACUCUUCAGCUCGGUUAUCGACAAGGCCGGCGGUGACACGGUUACAAUUCGGAGAGCUCUCCAGAAGCUCAUCGUACGACUGCCUACGCAGUCACCACCACCCGAAGAGGUCUCUCUCAGCUCUGCCGCCGCCAAGGUCAUUCGUGAGGCCGACUCGCUCAGGAAAACCAUGCACGACUCCUACAUUGCUCAGGACCACAUCCUCGCCGCCCUGAUCAAGGACUCCUCGAUCGCCCCCAUCCUCAAGGAGGCGGGUCUUACCGAGGACGUCGUCAAGACGGCCAUCGACCAAAUCCGGGGUAAUCGUCGUGUCGACAGCAAGAACGCCGAGCAAGGCUUCGACGCUUUGAACAAGUAUGCGACUGACCUCACCGCUCUGGCCGAAGAGGGCAAGCUAGACCCUGUCAUCGGUCGUGACAACGAGAUUCGUCGUGUUGUUCGUAUCUUGUGUAGGAGGACAAAGAACAACCCGAUCCUCAUCGGUGAGCCCGGUGUCGGAAAGUCUGCCAUCGCCGAGGGUCUCGCGCAGCGGAUCGUCAACCGCGACGUGCCGGCUUCGCUCAUUGCACGCCUCUACUCCCUCGAUAUGGGUGCACUCAUGGCGGGUGCGAAGUACCGGGGAGAGUAUGAGGAGCGUAUCAAGUCCGUCCUGAACGAAGUCGAGAAGGCCAUCGAGGAGGGUCCCGGCGUUAUCCUCUUCAUCGAUGAGUUUCACCUCAUCAUGGCCGGCUCUGGCGGUAUGGACGCCGCCAACCUCUUCAAGCCCCUCUUGGCACGCGGCAAACUCCGCUGCAUCGGUGCGACGACGCUUAAAGAGUAUAGGGAAUACGUCGAGAAGGAUCCCGCUCUCGAACGUCGGUUUGCUCAGGUCAUCGUCAACGAGCCUUCGGUCCCUGAGACGAUAUCGAUCCUCCGUGGUAUCCGCGAGAAAUACGAGGUCCACCAUGGUGUUCGCAUUCUCGACGGGGCCCUCAUCUCGGCUGCGCAACUGGCCCACCGUUACCUCACCUCAAGACGUCUUCCCGACUCUGCCAUUGACUUGGUCGACGAGGCGUGCGCAAGCGUCCGUGUGACACGCGAGACUGCUCCCGAGGCCAUUGACCAGCUCCAGCGCCGUAAGCUCGAACUCGAGGUCGAAAUCCACGCUCUUGAGCGCGAAAAGGACGAAGCCUCCAAGGAGCGCCUCAUCAAGGCCCGCAAAGCUAUCGCAGACGUCGAGGACCAGCUCAAGCCCCUCCAGGCUGCCUACGAAGCCGAGAAGAAGCGCGGUGACGAGGUUCAGAACGUCCGCAAACGCAUCGACGAGCUCAAGGCCAAGGCCGACGAAGCAGAGCGCCGUUACGACCUCGCAACCGCGUCGGACCUCCGCUACUACGCUAUCCCCGAGCUCCAGAACCGGCUCGCGCAGCUUGAGUCGAAGAAGGCUGAAGAGGACCUGGCGCACGGCUCGGGUACCGACGUCGUCACCCCCGAGCAGAUCGCGGAGAUCGUCGGCAGGUGGACGAACAUUCCUGUGACGCGCUUGAUGAGCACGGAGAAGGAGAAGCUGCUCCGUAUGGAGAAGAUCCUCGCGGAGAGCGUUGUCGGCCAGCCUGAGGCGGUCAAGGCGGUUGCGAACGCGAUUCGUCUGAGCCGCUCGGGUCUCCGGAACGCCAACAGGCCGAUUGCCAGCUUCCUCUUCGCCGGUCCAUCUGGUACUGGUAAGACCUUGAUGAGCAAGACGCUCGCAACCCUGCUCUUCGAUUCGCCCGAAGCCAUGAUCCGUAUUGAUGGAUCCGAGUACUCCGAGAAGCACUCGAUCGCUCGUCUCAUCGGUUCGCCUCCGGGCUACGUCGGCCACGACGAGGGCGGCCAGCUCACGGAGUACAUCCGCCGCAAGCCGUACUCGAUCGUGCUCAUCGACGAAAUCGAGAAGGCGUCGCGCGAGUUCUACCAGCUGUUCCUCCAGGUGCUCGACGAUGGUCGGCUCACGGACGGUCAGGGCCGCGUCGUCGACUUCCGCAACACCGUAAUCAUCAUGACGGGCAACCUCGGCGCCGCAUUCCUCAACGACAUGGGUGAGGGCCCUGUCAAGCCUGCGACGCGUGAGCUCGUUAUGGGUGCCAUCCGCGGCCACUUCCCGCCAGAGUUCAUCAACCGUAUCGAUGAGAUCGUCAUCUUCCGCACGCUCUCUCGCAACAACGUGCUGAAGAUCGUCGACCUCCGCCUCAAGGAGGUCCAUGAACGCCUCGCGGAUCGGAAGAUGACGCUCCAGCUCGACGACGCGGCGAAGAACUACCUGAUGUCGAUCGGGUACUCUCCCGCGUACGGCGCGCGGCCGCUCAACCGUGCGAUCCAACAGGAGCUCCUCAACCCGCUCUCGGUCAUGAUCCUCUCCGAGCGCAUCCGCGAUGGGGAGACGAUCAAGGUCCAGUUCGACGGGCCGCACAACCGGCUGUUCAUCGUGCCUAACCACGAGGGCACUGGCGAGGAGAUGGACGUCGACUACGACGAAGACGACAUCGAGAUCGAGGAGAUGGAUUGA